GGAGGGGGAGGGGGACCUCCGCACAAGACCGAGCGGCCCGGGUUCAAGCGCCCAGCCCCGCAGCGGAUCAUGGUGCAGCAGGCGGAGAGCUUGGAAGCGGAGAGCAACCUGCCCCGGGAGGCGCUGGACACGGAGGAGGGAGAAUUCAUGGCUUGCAGCCCGGUGGCCCUGGACGAGAGCGAUCCAGACUGGUGCAAGACGGCGUCGGGCCAUAUCAAGCGGCCGAUGAACGCCUUCAUGGUUUGGUCCAAGAUCGAGCGCAGGAAGAUCAUGGAGCAGUCUCCGGACAUGCACAACGCCGAGAUCUCCAAGAGGCUGGGCAAGCGGUGGAAAAUGCUGAAGGACAGCGAGAAGAUCCCGUUCAUCCGGGAGGCGGAGCGGCUGCGGCUUAAGCACAUGGCCGACUACCCUGACUACAAGUACCGGCCCCGGAAAAAGCCCAAAAUGGACCCCUCAGCCAAGCCCAGUGCGAGCCAGAGCCCGGAGAAGAGCGCGGCCGGCGGCGGCGGCGCAGGCGGCGGCGCGGGCGGCGCCAAGACCUCCAAAGGCUCGAGUAAGAAAUGCGGCAAGCUUAAGGCUCCCGCGGCUGCCGGCGCCAAGCCUGGCGCGGGCAAGGCGGCCCAGCCUGGGGACUACGGCGGCGCGGGCGACGACUACGUGCUCGGCAGCCUGCGCGUGAGCGGCGCGGGCGGCGGCGGCGCGGGCAAGACGGUCAAGUGCGUCUUUCUAGAUGAGGACGACGAGGACGACGAAGACGACGACGAACUGCAGCUGCAGAUCAAGCAAGAGCCAGACGAGGAGGACGAAGAGCCGCCGCACCAGCAGCUUUUGCAACCUCCGGGCCAGCAGCCUUCGCAGCUGUUGAGACGCUACAACGUCGCCAAGGUGCCCGCCAGCCCCACGCUGAGCAGCUCGGCCGAGUCCCCGGAGGGCGCGAGCCUCUACGACGAGGUGCGGGCCGGCGCGACCUCGGGCGCCGGCGGCGGCAGCCGUCUCUACUACAGCUUCAAGAACAUCACCAAGCAGCACCCGCCGCCGCUCGCGCAGCCUGCGCUGUCGCCCGCGUCCUCGCGCUCGGUCUCCACCUCUUCCUCGUCCAGCAGCAGCAGUGGCAGUAGCAGCAGCAGCAGCGGCGAGGACGCCGACGACUUGAUGUUCGACCUGAGCUUGAAUUUCUCCCAAAGCGCGCACAGCGCCACCGAGCAGCAGCUGGGGGCCGGCGCGGCGGCCGGGAACCUGUCCCUGUCGCUGGUGGAUAAGGAUUUGGAUUCGUUCAGCGAGGGCAGCCUGGGCUCCCACUUCGAGUUCCCCGACUACUGCACGCCGGAGCUGAGCGAGAUGAUCGCGGGGGACUGGCUGGAGGCGAACUUCUCCGACCUGGUGUUCACGUAUUGAAAGGGGCGCCCCGCUUCUCGCUCUUUCUCUCGGCGGGUGCAGAGCAGGGUUCCUUGGGAGGAAGUCGUGGUGGUCAUGAUGAUAAUGGUGUUGAUGGUGGUGGUAGGGUGGAGGGGAGAGAAGAUGCUGAUGAUAUUUGAUAAGAUGUCGUGACGCAAAGAAAUUGGAAAAGAUGAUGAAAAUUUUGGUGGAGUUAAAGUGAAAUGAGUAGUUUUUAAACAUUUUUCUUGUCCUUUUUUUGUCCCCCCCCUCCCUUCCUUUAUCGUGUCUCAAGGUAGUUGCAUACCUAGUCUGGAGUUGUGAUUUUUUUUCCCCUCAAAAUGUGUUUUUGUAAUUACUAUUUCUUUUUCCUGAAAUUCGUGAUUGCAACAAAGGCGGAGGGGGCGGGGCGGGGGAGGGGAGGCAGAACCCGCUCCGGAAGGCGCUGUUUGAAGCUUGUCGGUCUUUGAAGUCUGGAAGACGUCUGCAGAGGACCCUUUUGGCAGCACAACUGUUACUCUAGGGAGUUGGUGGAGAUUUUUUUUCUUAAGAGAGCUUAAAGAACUGGUGAUUUUUUUUUUUAACAAAA